GAGGGAUAUUUGUAACAUAAACCACUUACUGCAAUUGCUUCCUGGUCCAUACCAAAGCCGGUCUAUAUAUUAGAAGUUCUUUUUCCAUACUGUCUAUGGGAAACACCAAAGAAUUUCUAAUAUAGGAAAAACUUACUAACAGAACAACCAGCUACAGGUUUGUAUAUAAUGGCAGCUGUCACUAACACAUUUGAAAGUGUAAAAGCGACCAUCUUAUCAGCUCAUGAAAGCACCACAUCAGUAGAAAAGGUCAACUUCUACAACUCCUGGGCAGAGAACUAUGAUCAGGAUGUGGCUGUUCUGGACUACCGUGCACCAAGUCUGGCAGCAAACAGCAUCUCCUCCCAUUUCAGCAGUGAUCGUGAAGCAGCUUUAGUGUUGGAUGUGGCCUGUGGUACAGGACUGGUGGCCAAACAGAUGAAGAUACAUGGAUUUGGACAUUUUAUGGGUAUCGAUGGAAGCGAGGCUAUGUUGAAGUUGGCCAGAGAGAGCGGGUUGUACCAGGACCUGAAGCAGUCCUUGCUGGGAGAGGAGCCGCUGCCUGUUCAGUGGGGUUUGUUUGAUGUGGUUGUGAUCGUUGGAGCACUGAGUAUUGGUCAGGUCCCGGUUGGUGUCGUCAGAGAGUUGUGUGAGUCCACCAAACCAGGUGGCUACAUUUGCAUGACAACCAGAAGUAACCGUGACAAUGUGGAAUACAAAGCCGCCCUGGAGCGUGAGCUCAAGCAGAUGGAGGACGAAGGGCUCUGGACUUGUGUAGAGGUGUCUCAGGUGGAAGACUGGGAGAGAGCGGUGUCACAGCAGGAGGACGGAUACAUAGCUGGUGCCGUGUACCUCUAUAAGAAACUAAAACUAUAGCACAUUGCACGUCAAUGUAGAUGCGACAUCACAGCAGCAAAGGUACAAAACAACUCAAGAAGAUACAAAAUAUUCAAAUAACUCACUUUUAACUUCAAGUGUCCCAUUUUAAAUGAACAGCAUCACAGGUCAGGCAUGAUGUGCCUGGUAAAUGACUUUGGGUUUAAGCAGCACAAAUGUCAGUGAGACUCUGAUACACAGUGACGUUCAAACUGGAAAAGCGGUGAAAUAAAGCACUCUCUAAACAGUA